UUUUCCCACUUUCCAGCUAAUCAUUGAUUUGUACUUAUUUGAGUAGUAUUUAAUAGAGUAGUGCAUAAAAACAUCCAAUACUAGUCUUAUAACAAAUCAGUUAUCUGUUUACUUCAGUUUAUAUUGGAAAACCGUCGAUAAUCAAAUUCAGAGGGUACAUUCGAGGUUUUCAAAUAUGGAUGCAAUGAUGCCUAAAAGACAGCGUGUAGAAGUGGAUUCGUCUUCCGAUGCUGAAGAAAGACCCAAGAGACAUCGACUAGAGAGUACUUCUAAAGCUACCCGUAGUGGGAUUAUUAAUUCGAUUGCGAUUAAGAACUUCAUGUGCCAUGACAAUUUCGCCAUUAACAACUUCAGUGAUAGUGUCAAUUUUAUAGUUGGAAGAAACGGUAGUGGUAAAUCUGCUAUCAUUACGGCGUUAGUAGUUGGAUUGGGCGGUAAAGCUAAUGCUACUAAUAGGGGAAACAGUGUUAAAUCUUUAGUUAAAACAGGAAAACAACAAGCCAAAGUUGAAAUAUCGCUAGCAAAUUGUGGUCCUAAUGCGUAUUGCCCUGACACUUACGGGGAAGAAAUUAUUGUUGAACGGAUAAUUUCGUGUAAAGGUGGUGGAAGCUACAAACUAAUGAAUAGUGAUCGUCAGUUAGUAUCGAAGAAAAGAGAUGAACUAGAAAAAAUAUUAUUUAAAUUUAGGGUCCUUGUAGAAAAUCCUCUAGUGGUCUUGAAUCAAGAUGCAUCUCGAAAUUUUUUGCAUUCAAGUCAUCCUGCAGAUCGUUAUAGGUUAUUCUACAAAGCCUCCUUACUUGAAUCAAUUGAAGAGCACUAUGAAAAAGCUGAGGAGUGGAUACGAAAAUCCAGAAAAACUCAAGAUGAGAAAACUGAAUUUUUUCAAGAGCUUGCAAAAAAAUUAGAUGUGGCAACCACGAAAUGGGAAGCUGUUAGUUCAAUUGAUAAUUUGAAGGCUACAGAAUUUGAAUUAAAGAGAAAACUUGCUUGGUCACAUGUUCACUCAAGAGCACAAGAAACUAAUCCAUGGAGGAAGCAAAUUGAGAAAGACGAAAUUGCUUUGGAAAAGUUAGAAAAAAGAGAAAAGAGCUCAAAGAAAGUAAUAGCGGAUGCUCUAGCCAAAAGAAAUAAUAUAAUGAAGGAAAUGGAGGACCAUUCUCGACAGAUGACAAGCUGUCGACAAGAAAGAGAUUUACAACGAAAUAAGGUAAUGGAAAAACGAAGAGAAGCGAAACAAGUAGAAAGAGAACUGAGAGAAGCUGAAAAGCUGGAAAAUGAAGCAAAGUUAGAAUAUCGAGCUUUCAGGGGACAGAAGGAGAAAAUUAUGCAAGAGAGCGAAAGAAAUGUUGAAGGAGAGAAAAAGGCUCGAAUGGAUAAAAUUGCUGAGUUGGAAGAGCAAAAAGAAAAACUUAAUAGUGAGUUAAAGAUAAGACAAAAUGACAAUGAACAGUUUAGAAAUGCUGUUGAAAAAUGCCGUGAAUUAGUUGCUCAACGGAGAAUGGAUGAGAAUGCUGUAAAGUCUGAAAUAACAACCCUGCAUAAUCGAAUGAAAGAUUUAAAAUCCUCUGGUUCAAAUUCAAUUCAAAGAUACGGAUCGAAUAUUAGAGAUCUUGUUAUUGAAAUUGAUCGUUUGAAUAAUCUGGGAAAAUUCACUCGAAAGCCACUUGGCCCUUUAGGUUCUUAUAUUUCAUUGCCAGAUAUGAAGUAUGCACUUGCCAUUGAAAAUUGCCUUGGAGGAUUGUUGAGAGCUUUCGUUUGUAAUAGUCAUCAAGAUGAGGUUUUAGUCCACAGACUGAUGAAAAAGCAUAAUGUUAAAACAAUGGUGAUCACUGGAAAAUUUCUGAGCCAAGUUCAUGAUGUCAGUAGAAAUAAACCUUCUUCGCCUUAUCCAACCGUUUAUGACGUUAUCGAGUGCAAAGAACCCGUAGUCAUGAAUUGUUUCAUCGAUCAGAGUCGUAUUGAGUCAGUUAUCUUGAUUGAAACAAAUGAGGAAGCUAGAAAUUACAUGAAGAGACCCAAUCGGGGUGUACUUGUGGGAUAUUCUUGCCAAAGUGGGGAUCAACUGUAUCCUUCUCCUAACUAUAAAUAUUAUGCAAAUAGAAAUGAAAAUGUCCAUUUUCUUGUAAAGGAUGUUUCAACUCUAAUUCAACAAACUGAACAAGAUAUAAAUCGAUUUACCAGGAAAUACGAACAAAUAAGAAGAGAGCGGAUUAUGAAGGAUGAGGAACUCAAAAAACAGCAAUCAGAACUGGAAAAAGCAAGAAAGCAGCAGGAUGAAACUCAAAAAUAUUUGAGACGUUGUCAAAAUUCCCUGAACGAACUAAACAUGACUGAAGAGCAAGACAUUCCUAAUAUUGAUGAAAUUGAAGCAGCUCUUACCGAAGCAGCAAAAGCUUUAGAACAUUCCGCCCGAGAGAAGUCACGUAAGCAAGAGAUUUUUGACGAAUUAGUUCGUCAAGAAGAGAGACUAUCGAAAGUUCUUCUUGCCAUGGAAGAAAAAUUAAAAUCUGAUGGAGUCCAUUCAAAACAGAGAAUACUGCAAGAACUGAGUGAGACAUACGAAAAUAAUGAAGAUCAAGUUAAAAAAAUUCAGGGACUUUUAAAGGAGAAGAAAAAGGAUAUUGACAAUUGUAAAAAGCAGAUCAAGAAUAUAGAAAAUGAAGUGGACCAAAUGAGGCGACAAACCUUAGAAGUUUUUGAAGGAGAAGAAAUUGAAACCAGAAGGAAGCCGUCAGACAUAGAGGAAGAGAUAAAAAAAACAGCAAAGAAAAUUGACUUGAUUGAAAAGGAGCACGGGAAUAGAAAUAUGGUUGAAAAAGAAUAUUUUAGACUUAAGAAAAAGUAUGAGAAAAUUAAAACAGAGCUUUCAGAAUUGGACUUAACCCUUAAAUCACUCAGUAAUGGAGUAGAAAUUGGGAAAAUAGCAAUAAAUAAUGGACAAUUGAGAGCGUCAACAGUCUGCAAGAAUGCAUUUUUAGAGAUGUCUCACAAACGUUUCAAAGACCCGAAUAUCACAAUUGACCAUUCGAAUAAAACUAUUGAAAUAUUUGUGGAUGGUAAACCAGUUCGAAGUAUGUCCGGAGGAGAAAGAUCUUUUACAACUGUCUGCUUUGCGAUAGGUCUGUGGGAAAUAGUUCAAUCUCCAUUUCGUUGUUUAGACGAAUUUGAUGUAUUUAUGGAUAUGAUAAACAGAAAGACAUCAUUACAACUGCUUUUAGAUGCUUAUAAAAGAAAACCGUGCCAGUAUAUAUUUUUAACACCAUUAGCCGUUCAGGAGAUUUUGCCCAAUGGCUUUCAGCCUAAAGUAUAUGAGAUGAAAGCACCCGAAAGGGGUCAUGACGAUGACGAUAAAGAAAAUCGAGAAAAUUAA